ACUGUCUGAAUAUUGGCAAAUCAUAUUUGCCAGCAAUUUCAUGUGCAUUAAACUGUGAACUUCCUCUCAGCAUUCCUCUCAGAAUAAAUGAAACUGCAUGGUUGCAGAAAAGAUGGUUUUGUGGGUGAAUAUUAGACUUUUUUCUGGAUGCCUUGUCCUUAUAACUGGAAUUUUUAAUGUCAAGGCCUGGACAUACCAUUACAACAUAGACACUGAUGUGGACUGGAUAAAAGCUCGUCAGUGGUGUCAAAAGAAUUUCACUGAUAUGGUGGCCAUCCAAAACCAGGCAGAAGUUGCUUACCUUAACCAAACUCUGCCCUUCCAUCCGACAUACUACUGGAUUGGCAUUAGGAAGAUUGAAGGCCAGUGGACGUGGGUUGGGACCAAAAAGCACUUGGUCCCUGAAGCAGCAAACUGGGCAAAAAAUGAACCAAAUAACCAGGGAACUGGAGAAGACUGUGUAGAGAUCUAUAUUAAGAGGGAAAAAGACACAGCCAAGUGGAAUGAUGAGAGGUGCAGCAAAAAGAAAGCAGCUCUCUGUUAUUUAGCCUCUUGUUCAGAUAAAUCCUGCAGUGAGCAUGCGGAGUGUGUGGAGACUAUUGGGAACUACAAAUGUCAAUGUGACCCUGGUUUUAUGGGCCCACGCUGUGAGGAAGUUGUCCAGUGCGGGCCAGUUAAAAGUCCACAGCAAGGUUUUGUGAAGUGUGACGGUGACUUUGGAGCAUAUUAUUUUAACUCGUCAUGCCAGUUCAAAUGUUCCACUGGGUUCAAGCUGGAAGGGGAACAAAAGCUACACUGCCUGGCAUCUGGGCACUGGGAUAACACACUUCCUGUUUGUCAGGUUGUCCAGUGUCUGCCGAUCAUUGAUGCCCCUGGUGGUUGGAGUAUGAACUGCACUCAUCCCCUUUCCAUCAAUAGCUUCAACUCUAGCUGUGAGUUCAAGUGUGAGGAAGGAUUUGUGCUCGAAGGUUCAAAUACAGCUUGGUGUGACCACACUGGGCAUUGGACACACAAACCCCCCACCUGCGCAGUGGUGACCUGUAAUCCCAUUCUGGCCCCUCCAAAGAGUCAUCUAACAUGUGAUGAUCCAUUCGGAAACUUCUCUUUUAGUUCUUCUUGCAAUGUUUCCUGUGAUGAGGGAUACAAACUUAGAGGAAAAGCCACACUCACCUGUCUGAGUGAUGGCAACUGGUCAGCAGCCACACCUGCAUGUGAAGUUGUAAAGUGUGACCCACUGAAGCCCAGCCCACAUGGCUCCCUGCAAUCUUAUGAUCCUAUGGAGGAGUUUGCUUAUGGCUCCACUUGUUGGGUAAAAUGUGACUUAGGUUUUGUACUCAAUGGUACAAAUUCAACUCAUUGUACCGCAUAUGGGAACUGGAGUCACACCUUGUCUGUUUGCCAUGCUGUACAGUGUCCACCUCUCUCUAAUGCACCAAAUUUUGGAAGUAUGAGCUGCACACACCCCCUCUCCAACAAUAGCUAUAACUCCAGCUGUGAGUUCAAGUGUGAAGAGGGUUUUGUGCUUAAAGGUGCAGAUUCCACUCUCUGUGACCAUACUGGGCUCUGGACAUACAGUACACCUAUUUGUACAGCUGUGGCUUGUGACCCUCUUGUGGCCCCUGCACAGAGUCACCUGACCUGUGCUGAUCCAUUGGGAAAGUUCUCUUUUCGUUCUUCUUGCAAUGCUACUUGUGAGGCGGGAUACGCACUGAGAGGAGAAUCCACACUCACCUGUCUGAGUGAUGGCAACUGGUCAGCACCAACGCCUGAAUGUGAAGCACGGCAGUGCAGCCUCUUAAUCGACCCUUCUCAUGGGACCGUAUCCUGCACGCACCCUCACGGGAGGUUCAGCUUCGGUAGUGUGUGUGAAGUAAGCUGUCAGGCAGGCUUCAAACUGCAUGGCACACCCCGAAUGGAGUGCUUGGAGAUGGGGAAGUGGACAGACACCCCACCCUUCUGCUUGGCUCAACAGUGCCCCCCUUUGACCAGUCAAGAAAAUGGCUGGAUGAAUUGUUCUCAUCCUCACUCCCUGUUUAGCUACGGCUCACAAUGCUUCUUGGGAUGUAAGGCUGGAUUUGAAAUUACAGGAGAGCCAGGCAUGACGUGCUCUGCUUCUGGGAACUGGAGUCAGGAGAUGCCCUCUUGCACUGCUGUUCGUUGUGAGCUCCUCUCAUUCUCUGAACUUCCUGAGCUGGGACCUCUACCCUCAAUGAACUGCUCUCACCCACAUGGAAACUUCAGCUUUGGAUCUCAGUGUUUUUUCCAGUGUGCCAAGAGCCAUAAGCUCAAUGGAACCAGUCAGCUCAUCUGCAACUCCAAAGGGUACUGGACCAACUCUCCACCCAGUUGUGUUGUACAGGAGAUGUCAGUGAGUGCCGGCAUGCUGAUGUAUGCAGCUGUGGGAGUUGCUUCUUCAGCUGGACUACUUUUGUUUGGAGGACUAGUUUUUUUGUUGAUGCGCCAAUUCACCAAAAAGGCUCAUUACAGUCUGAAUGACUCUUCGUGGGAAGGGGAUUUGAACCCAGCAUUUGAAUUCAAUUAAAAGACAAAUUUACUCAAUAUCUGAGUAAAGUGACCAAUAUUUUCCAUGUUGUUUUGUUCUUGAAAUAAAUGAAUAUUUGAUUAGAA